UAAAGAAAAAGAAAAAGAAAAAGAAAAAAAAAAGCAUGAAAGUUCCAUUUUUCUACACUUCUUUUUCCACAUAUAGCGAGGAUGAACAAACGAAAGCCUCAUAGUAAUAUAAAGAUUUAUGUAGAAAAUGAAAAUCUGAUCAUGUAUGGUUCAUCAAAUGAAUCUGCUGGUUGUGUUUUAAGAGGAAUACUUAAACUUAGUUUAUCAGAAGCAACUAAAAUCAAAGCAAUUACACUUCAAUUUAUAGGAAGAAUAUUUAUUAUUCUGUCAAAAGAUGAAAGAUUAUUUCGUCAUGAAAAAUUGAUUAUUGAUUAUAAAUGGUCAUUUUUACCAAAAGGAAGUAAGCUACACGUAUUAAAUAUGGGCAUGUAUGCAUAUGAAUUCGAAUUAGCUUUACCUGGUUAUUUACCAGAGUCAAUUCAUAUUUCCAACUUUUACCAUGUUCAAUAUCAACUCAGGGCUACUCUUGAACGUGCCCCUACAUUUUUUUCAUUAAUACCCAACAUCAUUCAAUCUAAACCUAUUCGUCUUUCUCGCCAACUUUUGCCCUUCACACUCGAAUUUUCAGAACCUGUUAUACUUUCAAACCAAUGGGCAAAUAGAUUUCACUAUGAAAUUAUCAUACCCAGUAAAAUAUAUACUCAUGGCGAUCAAGUUAAAGUGACAAUUCGUGUUACGCCUCUUAUCGAUUCUUUACGUGUACAACAUCUUUCCUGUAUAUUAAAGGAAUACAUGAUCUGUUAUAAUAGGGGAUUAAACAGCCGUCCACGAGCACACAAUCGGGUUUUAUUUUCCACUAAGGACCAUAAAUUUGGAAAAAUGAACAACCACAAUUAUAACGAUCAUUUCAUAAUCUGGACCAAGGUACAAACAAUUCCUUUACCAAAUUCAAUAGAAGAGUUACAAUAUGAUAUUCAAAAUGAAGAUAUCUGUAUUCGACACAAGAUUAAGUUUAUUUUAUCAUUUACGAAUGAAAUUGGACAUAUCUCAGAAUUAAGGAUGGCAAUCCCUAUUACCAUUUGUGCCGUUAAUCAAACCGGACUACCGAGUUAUGAAGAAGCAUGGAAUACUGUGCCCUAUAAUCCUAUGUUAGAUAUCUUAUCUUCAUACUAUCAUAGUAAUAAUAAUGAAAAUGAUAGAAAUUAUUCUCCAAAUUUACAAUUAUUACCACCACCUGCCUAUGAAGAAGUUAUAUAGAUAAGCAUUCAUUCAUACGUUCAUACGUUCAUACAAACAUACAUAAAUAUAUAUAUAUGUAUAUAUGUAUAUAUUUAUAUUUAUAUGUUACAUGUCUUGGAUAAAAAAUUAAAAAGUAUGUAGGAUCUACAUUAUAAAAUAUUGCUUCAAAAUAAAUAAAUAAGAAUAUGCAUAUACAUAUACAUAUACAUAUAUAUAUGUGUGUGUGUGUCUAUAUUUUAC